UAUUACUCCGCGGGCCAGUUGGAGUCGGGGUUUUCAAUGCUUAACUUUUAUUUGUAAAAGUACCGAAAUUUGGACGCCCCCGCACAUGCACUAAGAGUGCGUGGUCCCCGAUAUUGCAGUUGCAGUAAUUGCCCAUAAAGUGGUUACUUGAAUAUUCAAAGAAAUUAUCUGUUUUUAUCGCUUGUUUGUUCAGUGUAAAAGAUACAAAAAUAUAGAUAGUAGUAGUGAUCCAGCUGAGUUUCGCCGGGCUAUAUUACUCGAAAAAUGCGGAUUUUGUACGUAAACAUACUGUGGUUGUUGAGUUCCGGUGUUUUGAGUGAUAAUCCGGCUCAGAAUCAGGACGAGAGAUUGGUUUUAAGUUAUAAUGAAAAUUCAAGUGAAAACGGAACGGUGGAAAUCGUGGGGAUGAAGCGAAACAAUUACGAUCAGGGGUUGUGCCGGAGUCAGUUCAAAGAGCUUUUCGAUAGAUUCAAUAGUGGAGAUACUUGGGCAAGGAAAGUCCUAGAUUCAUGGGGAAACUUACCACCUGGCGGGCACUUAGCAGGACGCUUUGUGGACCUUGGAAACUUUGACGAAUGCAUGAGUCAAACCUAUGAUUUGGGGGGUGUGGACAACACAUUUAUCCCGCAAUACUGUCUAGCGUCUUACCCACUGGAUGAUAUAUAUCGAACUACCAACGAAGGUGGAAUCCGGAUGGAAAGGUUAUUUGUGGAAACCAAGGAUCCUACUGACUUUCUUGUUGGCGUGUGCGUACCAGAUACAUGUGAUAUGGAUGCGUUAAAUGAUUUCUUCAAGGAACUGUUUUAUAAUAAGACGAAUAAUACCUUAUCCAAUAACAUAUUCAGUGAAGCGCUCUGUACCCCACUCAGGGAACGACAUUUUGAUGGGGUGGAUAUAUUUGCUAUAACUAUUUUCGGUUUAAUUGGACUUCUUAUGCUUCUGAGUUCGAUUUACGAUUUUUAUACUUCAAAAUAUAAUAAGCAAAAGAACGCGUUGCUGCUAUCUUUUUCAGUCAUCACUAACGCUAGGAAAUUGUUUCAUGUGGAAAAUAAACCUUCUGCGAACACCAUAGAAUGCCUUAAUGGGAUCAGAAGUCUUUCAAUUAUGUGGAUUAUUUACGGUCAUACUUUGCUAGUUAUGGCCUUUAUGCCGCUCUUGAAUUACAAUUAUUAUUGGGAGUGGGUCUCCGAGUAUUACUCGAUGUUGGUGAUAAGCGGGCCAGUUGCAGUUGAUUCGUUUUUCUUGCUAAGUGGAAUCCUUGUAACGUUUCACCUAUACAAAGAAAUUGAUACCAGGGGUCGUUUGACCAUCGGGAAUAUUCUCAACAUGUAUUUUCAUCGAUAUCUGCGCCUUUUCCCUCUUUUAGCUGCUACGAUUUUGUUUGCGGCUACUUUGUACAAGUACGUUGGAGAUGGUCCUUAUUGGAAUUCGAUCAAUUCAUCUAUAGAAGCACCUUGCCGAGUUUUUUGGUGGUCAGCUCUAUUGCAUCUUCAGAACUACGUGAAUUCAUCGGCUAUGUGCUUGGGACAUACUUGGUACUUGUCAGCCGACACUCAACUGUACAUUCUGUCACCUUUAAUCCUGAUCCCAUUAAAGAAAUGGGGGAAAAGGUUCCUUCCUGUGAUUGGACUCCUUACGUUCGCAUCCUGCCUUUAUAUUUUUGUUAUUAUGAUAACGUAUAAUUUCAGCAUGAAAAUAAUAGAUGGCAGUGUAACAGGAGACAAUGAUAAGAAAGUGAUGUUGUACUACGGUUUCCAUACGAGAGCCCCAUCUUGGUUAGCUGGAGUUGUACUUGGUCACAUCCUCUAUUCCGUUAAGGGGAAGAAACUCCAAAUCAACAAGUUCCUUAUUUUAGGUGGAUGGGUUUCUAGCUUUGUGGUAUUUGCGGCCAUAAUCUGGGGUCCGUAUGAAGGCCAGCAACGCUUUGCUGAGCCAUCAAAAGUUGAGAGCGCUUUCUUCGAAGCUCUCAGUCGAUUAUCCUGGGCGGUGGCUCUAGCGUGGAUUGUAUUUAUCUGUUGUCAAGGACGUGGUGGCAUUAUCAAUUCUUUCUUGUCAUGCCCAUUAUGGCAGCCAUUGAGCCGACUAUCCUACGCCAUUUAUAUCAUACAUCUUGUGGUUCAGAUAACUGUCGUUGGACUAGUUCGCACGGAUGUCUAUUUAUCGAACUAUAGUGCGAUACGUACAUUCUGGGGUGAUUUUGGAAUAAUGUUGGGCAUUGCAACCGUAAUGGUGUUAGCUUUCGAGGCUCCCACUGCCGCAUUAGAAAAAUAUUUCCUUGGAGGAAAAGUGAGACCUGUUACAACGGAAAAUCCGCAAAAUACUGUAGCGGGAUCGGUGGAAACCUUAGAAAGUGGCAUAACUGAGUCUGUCAAAAGUUAAAAUUUUUUAUGAAGUCUUCCCGUCUAAAAUAGUGUAAUUUUUAUUAAGACUGAGCAGUUUUGCUACAUUACCAAUUGUUGAUCCCACGUUGGACGUAAAGUCCUGUAUUAGCUUUUUUUUUAAUUUUCAAAUGAUUGUAAAUAAAAACAAACAGAUUAUUAUGCUUGAAGGA